AUGGCUGGAAAUGGAUUUUUAUUUUUAUUUACAAUAAUAUUUGGUGUAAUCCCAAGCCUCAAGGGUCAUAUUGGUGAGUAUGAUGAUGUAUGGCAGAAACGUGCUGAAGAAGCAAAGAAAGCUUCCAUGGAUGCUUACCAUCCCAAUCCUGAGGAAAUCACCUUCAAAUUAAACGAACAAGUUCACUUGUCACUUGAAGGAACAAAUAGCACGAGAAGGAGCUUGAAGGGGAAGAAGAAAAGAGGAGGAAGAUGCGAAGCCACGAACCCAAUUGACCGAUGUUGGAGGUGCAACAGAAACUGGGCCAGGAACCGCAAGAAGCUAGCGGAUUGUGCAUUAGGAUUCGGCCGAAGAACCAUCGGAGGCCGAGACGGACCAUUCUACGAGGUGACCGAUCCAUCUGACUCCGACAUGCUGAACCCUAAGCCUGGAACCCUACGUCACGCCGUGACUCGCGACGGACCCCUAUGGAUCACCUUCGCUCAUGACAUGAUCAUCAAGCUAAGCCAAGAACUGCUAGUUACCAGCCACAAAACAAUUGAUGCUCGCGGUGCUAAUAUCCGUAUUGCUUAUGGCGCUGGAAUCACCGUCCAGUUUGUCCAGAAUGUUAUCAUACAUAACCUGCAUAUUCAUGAUGUUCAAGGGGCGAGUGGAGGAAUGAUCAGAGAUUCAGUAGGUCAUUUUGGGCUUCGUACGAGAAGUGAUGGUGAUGGGAUCUCCGUUUAUGGUUCUUCCCAUGUCUGGAUUGAUCAUAUUUCCAUGUCCAACUGCUUUGAUGGAUUGAUUGAUGUUAUCAUGGGGUCUACUGCCAUUACCAUCUCCAACAGCCAUUUCACUCGCCAUAACGAUGUGAUGCUGUUUGGAGCAAGUGAUAGUUACCCAGAAGAUAAAGUGAUGCAAGUAACAGUCGCGUUCAACCAUUUUGGACAAGGAUUGAUUCAAAGAAUGCCCAGGUGUAGAUGGGGGUUUGUUCAUGUUGUUAAUAAUGAUUAUACUCAUUGGCUCAUGUACGCCAUUGGUGGAAGCAGUAAUCCCACCAUUCUCAGCCAGGGUAAUCGCUUCAUAGCUCCUCCUAACCAAGCCUGUAAAGAGGUGACGAAAAGAGAUUAUGCACCGGAGAGUGAGUGGAAGAAUUGGUCGUGGAGAUCGGAAGGAGAUCUGAUGAUGAACGGUGCGUUCUUCGUUCAAUCUGGGAGGCCAAUUAUAAAGAAGAAGUCGAGGAAUGUGAUAUCUGCAAAGCCUGGAACUUACGUUAGAAGGCUUACUCGUCACUCAGGUUCUCUUGAUUGCUUCUAUGGAAAACCUUGCUAACUCAUCUUCUUCAACACAUCACAACUGUUUUCUCUACGGCUCUUCCAUUUUCUUGUCUUCCCCAUUACAA